AUGUUACCUUCCAUGCCUGUAUUAUUCAGCAGAGAGAGCCAGGAUGCAUUUGGAAAUAAAUUGGAGCCAACAACAACCUUUUUACCCCAGAAUAUAUUAACUAAAACUCCCUGUAAACAAGAGACGCAAAUAAUAAUCAAUGGUGCUGGAUCUUCAAAUGAAAGCCCCAAGGAAUCAAAGGAACCUAUUGGUAAAAUCAAAAAUGAAUCAGACAAACCAAAAGUUAAUGAAAAUCAGCUGGAAACAGCAUUGGUCAGAUCAUACUAUUCAAAAGUCAGAUCCCGAUUUUCAAGUUCGUCAUUACCAGUGAAUAAAUUUGCACAGUUUCGUAUGAUAUUAAAAGCAUUUGAUCCUGGGAAGGACACUCCUGUGGAUUUAUAUAGAAAGAUAGAGGAACUUUUUGGUGAUGAACACAAAGAUAUAGUUGAAGAAUUUCUAUUAUUUUUGAAACCAGGGCAAGCCGCUGAAGUUGGUAGAUUUAUGGACCAUUUUGUGCUUACACAAUUGACCAGUUUUAUAGUUUUAUUGCAGAAAACAAUAGGACGAAAACCUACAGUGUACCGUAAAAUCCUACGAGCUAUCACCGCUGGCAUUAACAAUGGAUCAAGCCAGGAAAUGAGGAGUCGGGUGCUACCUCAUCUCCGGUCAAACCCUAAGCUUGCACAGGUGUUUAAGUCUCUGUUUCCCGAUGAACGCCCGCCUGAUAGUGCUUACGAGGGUAGUACAGAUCUUAUGGAUGAAAGCUGCCUGGAAUCCGAUAAGGGCUAUGAUGUUUGGGAGUUUGAGCUGGAAGAUAAGAAAAGACAACUGGAUGUAAAAGAUGGUCUUGAUUCAGCUUACCUUCAUGGACGCGUCUUUCUUCAACACGGCAGGUUAUUAAGAUCCGCCUGCGUUACAUAUCCCUACAGCAAAGAACCUUAUCGAGUCCACUGGAGGCGGCUGGCUCCCAACACAUUUAUCUCCCCCACAGACUCUGAAGAAGAAAGAUCUACUAAAAGGAACAGAAAUCGCAAGGUUCCCCCCAAAAAAUCCAGAAAACAGACCAAAUCACCCACAAAAACUGUUAAAGACGUUAAUGAUAACACAAAAAAGGAUAUCAAGCAGGUAAAAGUAAAAGGGAAAACUAACGAUAAAAAGAAAGUGAAUGAUAAAAGGGUUAAAGAAUUAAAAAUGAGUUUUAAAAAAGAAGACAAAAAGCCUAAAGAUGCUAAAAGUGAAGUGAAGAGUUGGACGAGAGAAGAAGAUAAGACUAUGCUAGAGGUUUUGAAAGGGGAAGGUGGUUCAGAUAAGGUGCUAGUACGAGUGUGUGAGCUGCUGCCGCAUCGCUCGCAGACUGAGGUCAAGGAAAGGUUCUGCCACGUCAUGAACCUCCUGCAACAGAUGGCAGUUAAUGCAGUUACGUGA